CUGAAAUACGGUUCGUGCGUUUGACCUUAUCAAGCAUCGUUAACUCUGAUUGAAUGCAUAUCUGACAAAAUGAAUUGCGGGCCUACCGAUUUACUCAGUGCUGUUAUCAUCGCCGAUAGGUCUGGUAACAAUUUGCCGACCUCGGAGCGGUGGAUGUGAUGCCGAUUUGGAACGACUAUAUAUGGAGUGGGAAAGGAAUGAUAGAGAUAAACUUGGUGAUGAUGGUGAUGACGAAAUGGCAUCACAUAAGCGACGUUCCACACCAAUAGAUUUGAGGGAACAUCAGGGGAAAACUGCCGAGGAUUUGCUCAAAAUUACGAAGAAGGGUGAGACACUCUUAAUGUUCGUUAACAUCCGAGAUCCAUCAUCACCAGAAAAGAAGUGUAGACUGUUUACUGAGAAGUACACCGACCUAUGGCGCUCAAUGCUUCGAAACAAUCACGUCGUAAGUGAGGUAUAUAGUUUAACUGCGUGUCUUAUUUCUAAUGCACCAAUUAAACGCGGACCAAAAGCGGCUUUUUGGUUUCUUGAGACGCAGAUAGAUUCACGGAAUUUUCUUCAGGGAAGACCUUUCCUGCGGUGCCAAUUUGAGCAAGUGUAG